UACGAUAGCAAACUCACACUCAUUGCCUCGCCUAGCUGUUACAAACUGUGAAUCACCGGAGUGACUUAUACUCCUCUUCUGUUGUAAGGUUCAUUCUGUGUAACAUCUACAGCGAUGCCUGGAGACAUUCUAACAAACUACUCUUCUGGGAGAUGGCUUGACACUUCUUUCAGGAAUCCGGCACAGGUACAAAAAAUCACUCUUCACCUCAGACCGUCUCUCGCUAACAUCUCCGGAUUAUCACAAGACUGGUUAUCAAACAUCGAGCAUGGACAAGAACGUGACCAUGUCAUCGUUUAACCCCUUACAGGCCAAGUCGAAUAACCAUACAGAAAGCAGGAUAGAAGUUUGCACAGUUGCUCCAAAACAUCCAAAGUACCAAACAUACAUCUCACGACUCGACUCAUAUGUGGCCUGGCCUAUACGGUAUGUCCCGAAAACACCCGAGGAGCUUGCAUCAGCCGGGUUCUUUUACAUCGGGUCAGCUGACCGGGUGACGUGUUUUCAUUGUGGAAUAACCUUGAGAGACUGGGAAGCAGAACACAACCCUGUUGCAGAACACAAAAGGUAUGCCCCGAAGUGCGAAUUCACAUCAUCACAUACACGUGUUGAGGUUCUUGGAGGUGAUAAGGAACAGGAGGAGAGUGAAGAUUCAUCUAUGGUAAUUGAUGAGAAUGCCGACUCAAACAUUGACCUUCAUUUUACGCAAGCAUCUAAUGACCUUCACCUUGGUGGUGGUGCUUGUGCGGCUUCUGUGGACCCUAACACUUCUGUUGUGGAAGAAAACCCAUCUAUAGUCAUGGAGGGAUGUGAUAAAUCCGUGGACACUUCAGCCUUAUGUGAAAAUCUACAGACUCUAUCAAUCAAAGUGUGUGACAGAGAGAUGGAAAAUAUACCAUCUGAAUCUAACAUGGAUAUGGAGAUAACAUCAGACAUCACAGGUUCUCAUGGAAGUCAGAAAGAGGAAUCUAAAAUCUGUCAGCCCAAACCCGUGAGCAGGAAACUGAUGCUCUUGAGGGCCGAGAACAGACGUCUCAAAGAACAAAGCACGUGCAGAAUGUGCAAAAACAACCCCGUGUGCAUCCUCUUCUUGCCCUGCGGUCAUCUCGUCACGUGUUCUGAUUGCGCAGACAAGGUCGACGCGUGUGUGACGUGUGGGAAGACAAUCCUUGGAACAGUAAAAACCUUCAUUAUUUGAUCAAUGAAUCGCUGUGUACUCUAACCGGGUAUAUAUGUUUUCAUUGACAACUAAGGAAGAUCAAAAACUCAGUACAACUAUACCUUCUGUGAUAUUACGAACGUCCGUCCAUCUGUAUGUUGAGGACAACAUCCAACAAUGGUGAACAAUUUGUCCUAGUCAUCCAACUGUGAUAAUACACCACGCACCGUGUUCCUUCAAAUGGCUUCCACAUCGACACAGCAACGUUAUUAAGAGUGAAACGACUUCUGUAUUGGAAAAUGAAAUAUUCAGCUCCAGAAUCUUGACACGAUUCUUGACUAUAUCAAGAACUAUUGAGUGACAGAAUAACCAAGCACAUAUCAUAUAUCGUAUCGUUUCUAUCUUUGUAUCCAAAAGACUCUGUAUCCUUGUGGUUGAAUAAGAAAUAUAUUAAAUUAUUUUUCAUAAAA